GAAGCAGUAUACAUACUUCUCAGGUGCCCCAGAACAUGAGCAGCUUUGCGAAAGAGGUUUUAAACAUACGGCUCCAACGCUCAGAUCUUUGCUUCUCGUUCGCACGCCCCCACGUUCAUCACUUGAAGAGCUUUCAGUCAUGACAACCAGUCCAUUACGGUCGCAGGUCAUUGCACUCUAUAAGCAGCUGGCGUACUUGGGUCGAGAAUAUCCACUGGGCUACGAAAACUUUUUCCGACCUAGACUCAAGUCGGCGUUUCUGAAAAAGCGCGAUCUGACGGAUGAAGAAGAAAUCAAAAAAUCGAUUGCCUUGGGUGAAUAUGUCUGCAAAGAACUAGAAACCUUGUACUACCUCCGUAAAUAUCGAGCAAUGCGUAGACGCUAUGUGAAAUGAAUGAGAUGAUUUUCCGGGGGGCCAUGUGCGAGGCAUCCUGAAAAGAAGAAGCCUGUGGUGUGGUCAAAUAAACUUGAUGUUACACGAGCAAUCUCGCCUCUG